AAUAGGAUUUGCAUUGUUGCGAUCAAAUUCAACCCGUGUCGAAAUUACAGGACUACCACACAGCCUCUUAAUAAGCCUAUACCACACUGCCUCUUCUAUAAGAUCUCAACAUAUAUAGAAAAAAUUAUGUUUCACUCAAUCAAAACGGUUUUAACCUGUCCACAAGUUUCAUUCCCUGCACGGUCUCUCUCUUCCAACCUUGGUCGGGAAACUUGCGCAGUUAGAUUCUGCACUGACAGUGCUCGUAAGAUGGACAAGACUCAGAAGCCUAGUACUGAGGAAAAUAAACAAGGAGAUACGAUGUCUCAUUCAUUUGGGGAAGGGUACGCUACGAGGUCUGAUGAAGAAGGGUUUGGUGGAGUUUAUGGUGGAAACCAAUCGAAGCCUGAGAUGGACCCAGCUUAUGACAAGACGCAGGGAAGUGAGGUGAAGGAGAAGGAAAAAGCGAGGCACCAGACCAGCGCCAAUUAACGCUUAAUUAGGCUAUUAGUUAUGUGGAGGGGUUGUUUAUGCAUGUAACGUUCGUUCUAUAUCUCGUCCUUUUGUUGAUUUUUCCUUCCUGCAGCUCUUUUUUUUUUUUUUGUUUUUAACACAAAAAAAUUAAUGGACCAUGAUCGUUGUUACAUACUAUUAAUAGCAAAUGGAUAUUCAGCGAGUUUACAUAUA